AUGGGCUCUGAGAUUCCUCUCAAGCUUCCAGUGAUAGAUUUCUCAGAGCUAGGCCGAAAUUCAGGCGCUGCUGAGUGGGACUCGGUGAAAUUGCAAGUUCGUAAAGCGCUUGAAGAGUACGGUUGCUUCGAGGCCUUAUUUGACAAAAUUCCUGUUGAAAGUCGCAAGGCUAUUUUUGGUGCAGUGGAAGAGCUUUUUGACCUACCUUUGGAGACCAAAAUGCUUAAUGCUUCUAGAAAACCUUACCAUGGCUAUGUUGGACAAUACCCUCAGGUGCCACUAUUUGAAAGCAUGGGUAUUGAUGAUGCCAACAUAGCUGAAAAGGUUCAGAGCUUUACUAGCAUCUUGUGGCCGCAAGGGAAUCAAAGUUUUAGCAACACUGUUAUGUCCUUCUCAGAGCAAGUGUCGGAAUUAGAUCAAAUAGUUCGGAGGAUGAUUGUCGAGAGCUUGGGUCUCGAGAAAUACCUGGACGAGCACAUGAACUCUACAAACUACCUUCUCAGGGUCAUGAAAUACAAAGGACCCCAAACAACUGAGACAAAGCUUGGGCUAUCUUCUCACACGGAUAAGAACAUAGUGACCAUUUUGCACCAAAAUCAAGUUGAUGGGCUGGAGGUACAAACCAAAGAUGGUGGCUGGAUCAAUCUCAAACCCACACCAGACACUUUUAUUGUCAUGAUUGGAGAUUCUCUCUAUGCUUGGGCAAACGGCCGACUCCAUUCUCCUUAUCAUCGAGUUAUGAUGAGAGGCAACGAGGCACGGUACUCAGCUGGAUUGUUUUCAGUCCCCAAAGCAGGCUAUAUAAUAAAGGCUCCAGAAGAGGUAAUUGAUGAGGAGCACCCCUUGCUCUUUAAGCCCUUUGAUCAUGUGAAGUUCCUUGGAUAUUACUACACAGAGGCUGGUCAGAGAGCUCAAUCUGCAUUGAAGACUUAUUGUGGUGUUUAA